ACAGACUACAAUUACAAACUCAUUGAAUGGACACAUGCAAUUCCAAAUUUUAAGGAAAAGUGGACAAUGUAAAGUCUAAUUUUGAAAAUAUCAGGCCACUCUGGUUGCUGGUUUUAUUUAUGUGAAAAUUGUGAGAGGGCUUCUCUUUUUAAUGUCACUGAAUUCAUUGAUGCCAAGUGCAAUUUUGUAUUUACAUAUAAUACUGACGUAAUUUUCGGUGAAGCUGUCCAGUUAAGAGGAGGGUAAGGAGGGCGAGUCAUUUCCGAGCUGAUACAUCAGAUUAUUUUCAGUUUCCACAUUUCCUCUUUCGGUUGUUGGGUGGUUCAGACUCAGCUCCAUCACUUAAUUGAUUCAGAUCACAAGAAAGUCCAAAUGUAUAUUACAUGAAGCCGUCAUUUGCAUUUGCGUUUUUACAUUAUGACACCUGUCUUAGUUUGUGGUUGUCAGAUACCUGCAAAAUCUGAAUCCUCUGUAACAUAGACGAUCUUUGAUACCGGUCCACUUUACUCUAAUGUCGGUUCAUUCUCUUAAACCUAACUUAACUCAGUUUGAGACGUGGGUGCUGUCUCUUAGUAAGUACCAUCGAUACGCUACUGUGCAUUUUAUUAUGACUAGAGAGAGACUAUAGUAAAUUAUUUAAUGUUCCCGUGGACACCUGGCCGGACAUUAAGGGAUUUAUAACGUGGGACAUUUGAAACAUGACGCAACACCGCUCACCGUCUGCUAAAAGCUAACUUACAUAGCUAGCUAAUAAUGUAGUGGACUGAUCAGACUGAUGUUGCAACCGUACGGGACAAGCUUGUACAGCGUAGUGACAGCUUAAAUUUAACUUGUUAUUACGGGACUACCUCAUAUUUUCCCCCCGUGUCCGCGAGCCGCAGAAAACCGGAAGUAAAUUCCUUCAAAAUAAAAGUAAGUGUCAAGAAAAUAACUAAAAUAUCUAAAGAUAUCCUAGAAUGAUUUUUUUGCUGUAUGUAUCAUCGUGUGUCUGAAUGUAAGGCCUGAUUUACAUUUUGGCCAGAUUUCCUACGUUUUAAUCUAGCUACUAACCACUUGGCCAUUUAUUGUUAUUACCUGGGACAGUUAAACACUAAUACUCUAUCCUGAUAAUCAACAUGGGCAUCAAAGUAGCUGUGAGCUGCACUGUGCUGUACAUCCUACUGGAUGUGGUUGUCACCACUGUUCUAUACACACACGGAUCACACUUGAGCAUAUUCAAAAAGGAUGCCCUGAACUACAACAUCCUCCAGUCAGCGUUGGACCUCUGGGGGACUGUACUGCUUAGAGCCUCCCUGCUGCUGGGAGCCUCCAUAGGGGUGUCAUGGAAUAGAGAAGAUGGCCCACAGAGGGUUGCUAAAGUCACCACCCUCAUUGUCCUAAUCUGCCUGAUCGUCAUCACCUACACCCUGGCCAAGAUGCUGAUGCUGACCGAGCUGGGCCCUCUGACCCACCAGCCCUGGUUCCUGAGCCUGAUAUGCUGGACUUGUGCCUCCUCUCUGGGUGUCAUGCUGCUCUGGAUGCUGCUGGGGAAGGAGUCCAACUCGGCGAGCUGUCACAACAGCAGCAGUGGAGGAGAAGGGGCCUCUGAUGACACUGAAAAGCUGGUGGAGACAGCUGGUGAGGAGGAGCAGGAGGUGGGGUGUGAGAGAAAGAAGAAGGAGGAGGAGGGAAAGCAGGAGAAGAAGACCAGCUCUGGGGCUACACUGGGACGUCUGCUGAAUUACUGCAGAAAGGAUGGUGGGCUGCUGUCUGUAGCCAUCCUCUUCCUCCUCAUCUCUGCUGUGUGUGAGGCCUUCAUACCUUACUACUAUGGGAAAGCAAUAGACAGCAUUGUGGUUCACCAGAGCUUGGAGUACUUCGCUAAGCCUGUGAUCACACUGUCAAUACUGGCCUUUGCCAGUUCAAUUGCAAUGGGAGUACGUGGAGGAGUCUUCACCCUGACUUUUGCGAGAUUAAAUCUGCGGCUCAGGAACCAUCUCUUCAGAACCCUGAUGAGGCAGGAAAUUGCCUUUUUUGAUGAAAACCAUACAGGUGACAUCAUUUCGCGUCUGUCAGCUGACACCACCCAGGUGAGUGACCUCAUCUCCCAGAAUAUCAACAUCUUCCUGCGGAGCAUCAUCAAGGGCGCUGGCUUCUUCAUCUUCAUGUUUGGGAUGUCCUGGAAGCUCACACUAGUGACCAUCAUGGGAUUCCCUUUCAUCGCCCUCGUCUCUAAAGGUUAUGGCGAAUACUACAAGAAAUUAACCAAAGAGGUGCAAACAACCCUUGCAGAGGCCAAUAAAGUUGCAGAAGAAACCAUUUCAGCCAUGAGGACAGUACGGAGCUUUGCCAAUGAGUGUGGGGAGGCCGACUCCUACUACGCCAAGCUUUUGUUCAUGUUCCAGCUCAACAAAAAACAAGCCCUGGCCUAUGCUUGCUACAUGUGGUCCAGUUGUAUCUCAGAGCUUGCUUUAGAGGUUGCUAUCCUCUACUAUGGCGGCCACCUUGUAGUAAGCGGUCAGAUGAGUAGUGGUGCCUUGAUAUCUUUUUUCAUAUACAUGCUCGAAAUUGGAGAAUGUCUUGAGAGUAUAGCAUCGGUGUACACGGGCCUCAUGCAGGGAGUUGGAGCUGCUGAGAAGGUUUUCGAGUACCUGGACAGGAAACCCAAACACACAGCUGAUGGCACAGAGGCUCCCGACACAUGCACUGGCCUGGUCGAAUUUAAAGACAUCACGUUUGCCUACCCAACGCGCCCUGAGCUUGAUAUUCUAAAGGGAGUGUCAUUCACCCUGCGGCCUGGGGAGGUGACCGCCCUUGUGGGACCUUCGGGCAGUGGAAAGAGCUCCUGUGUGAGUCUGCUGGAAAACUUCUACCUUCCUCAGCAAGGCCAAGUGCUGCUGGAUGGGAAGCCAGUUCACACCGUCCAGCACGACUACCUCCACUCCAAGGUAGCUCUUGUGGGCCAAGAGCCUGUGCUGUUUGCCCGGACGGUUGAGGAGAACAUCACCUAUGGCCUGACUGACAUCCCCAUGGAGGCUGUGAAGCAGGCUGCCACCAAGGCUAAUGCUCACGAUUUUAUCACCACCCUCCCUAAAGGCUACGAGACAAGUGUUGGAGAGAAAGGCGCCCAGUUGUCAGGGGGGCAGAAACAGAGGGUGGCCAUUGCAAGAGCGCUCAUCCGCAACCCUCGUGUUCUUAUCCUGGACGAGGCGACCAGCGCCCUGGAUGCAGAGAGUGAACACAUCGUUCAGCAGGCCCUGAACAACAUCAUGCAGGAGCACACUGUGUUGGUGAUCGCCCAUAGGCUCAGCACAGUAGAGAAGGCAGACAACAUCAUCGUGAUCGACAGGGGCCGUGUGGCCGAACAGGGGUCUCACAGUCAGCUCAUGGCCAGCGGGGGGCUGUACUACAAGCUGGUGCAGAGGCAGGUCCUGGGAAUCGAGACAGGGGCGGAGGUCCUGAACCCAGCCGAAAAACUCAGCUGGAAGUCUGAUGGUGGAAGGCCGCGGAGAAGACAAAGCAGCAGCAGCGCCAGUGAGUCUGAGUGCAAUGUGCAAUACUGAGAAUGAACUGCAGUGUGUGGAAAUGGGAUUGGACUGCUGGAUGUUUUUGAGGGUUGAUAGCAUUUUGGGAUAUUUUGGGAUUCAAACCAUAUGUACUGUAGAAGAUAUUUUGUGCAGUAGCUUAAAGUCUAACCAUUUUCAUGCAAAGAGCAGAAAAGGACCACAAAACACUCGACUGAAGGAUCUUGAAAUAUUUUAUAUUUUAUGUGAAAUUUGAUCAAAUUGUCAUGUCUUAAUCAGUUCAGGUUAAGAUCCAUUUAUAGAUGAACUGAGUAGCAUUAUAAGUUAAAAAUAUAGAGCAAUGCCACUGAAAUUCAAAACACUAACUGAUAUAGCUUUAAGAAUAGGCAAUAUGUUGCUGUUGAUGUACUGUAUAAGGUUAUGUUUUUUUUUAAAAAUACUUCAUCAUCGCACUGCAGGCAAAUAAAUUAUUGUUUUACUGAAGUCUUCCUCAGGAUUUGUUUUUGCUUUUAUAUUGAUUUUACUGUAGCAUGUGUGGAAAUGCUUUGUGUUUCUUUGUAAUUCCACAAGUAAGUGCUGUAAUGACUACAAAGCAAAGACAGGUGUCUGUCUGUUGAACUGAAUGUACUAUAGAGAUCUAUGAUUGCCUGCAGUGAGGAUGAAUCUAAUAAUGACACUGGAGAUACAUAUUGUAAUUGUAUAAAUCACUGUAAAUAAACAUAUCUAAUGAACAAUGUAAAA